AUGUUGCAACGCAAGCAGUUUCAAUCUGACAUUUGUAACAAUAAGUUUGGAUACGGAUGGACGCGCAGCGGUCAGCGGCGAUGUCGCACUCAUCGACCGCCCGAGUCCACCAUGUCGGUGAGCAGUGAUAUUCGCUUCACGAGACGCAAGCUCAGCCGGCCGUGCCGCGGCGCUGCUGCGCCGCUCUCGCCGCUCUGCUGGUACUUCUGCUUCUCGCCGCUGUCGCCGUCUACCUAG